AUGUCGUUAACAAAUUGUCGAUACUACGAAGAGAAGUAUCCCGAAGUGGAUAGCUAUGUCAUGGUCAAUGUUAAGCAGAUUGCCGAGAUGGGUGCAUACGUAAAACUUCUCGAGUACGAUAAUAUCGACGGCAUGAUCUUACUCUCCGAACUCUCCCGUCGUCGUAUCCGUUCCAUUCAAAAGCUCAUCCGUGUUGGACGUAACGAAGUCGUUGUGGUUCUCAGAGUCGAUAAGGAGAAGGGCUACAUCGAUCUCAGCAAGCGUCGUGUCAGUGCUGAGGAUGUUGUUAAAUGUGAGGAGCGUUUCAACAAAUCUAAGAUGGUACAUUCCAUCCUCCGACACGUUGCCGAAAAGACAAAGAUUCCCUUGGAGGACCUUUACAGCUCGAUAUCUUGGCCUUUGAUGAAGAAGUUCGGUCAUACUGUUGAUGCUUUCAAGUACUCUAUCACAAACCCCGAUAUGUGGGACGAGAUCACUUUCCCGAAUGAGGCUGUCAAGGAAGAGCUGAUGACCUACAUUGGAAAACGUUUGACCCCACAACCAACCAAGGUCCGUGCCGACGUCGAAGUCACAUGCUUCGGAUAUGAUGGUAUCGAUGCUAUCAAGGACGCCCUCCGCGCUGCAGAGGCUAAACAGACUGCCGAAACCCCAGUCAAAGUCAAGCUUGUUUCUCCACCACUCUACGUUCUCACUUCUCAGUGUUUGUCGAAAGAAUCCGGUAUCGCCGUUCUUGAAUCUGCGAUCCAAGCUAUUGACGAAAACAUCAAGGCAGCAGGGGGUGUUUGUGCCAUCAAAAUGGCUCCCAAGGCAGUCACAGAGAGCGAUGACGCUGAACUCAAGAAACUCAUGGAGGAGAAGGCUCUCGAGAACAUGGAGGUUUCCGGUGAUGAGUCGGAAGGUGAAGUUGGCGAUGUUGCAGGGACUGAUGAGUAG